AUGGAUAUAGACCAUUAUAUAAUUCCUGAGCAAGCACUAGACCCUCCAGAUGGUCAGGAUAUGACAGACACUGUACUCCAACACUCUGACUCUUCCGGUCUGCAUCAUGAUCUUAAUACCUCCAUGGAUUUAGAGCUGCCAGAGAACCUUACUGGAGGUGGAGAUGGUCUGAACAUGGGUGCCGAGAACAGAGGUAGCUCCCAGAAAACUGAAAUUGGUGCAAAGAAAAGAAAAAGUAGAGCUCAGAGGAAGCCAAGUGUCAUCCAGAUGCGGAUUACAAAACUGACACGCCUGAAAAUAGUCAUGGAAGAUUCCGGAGGCCAAGUUACGCAGGCACAUGUUAAGCCACAGUCAAGAACACCAGAAAAAGAACACAAGUGCUCCAAGUGUCCCAAAUCUUUCAGUACAAAAGAAUACCUUCAGGCUCACCUCAAGGUUCAUGGUGGGAAGAAAUACAAGUGUGAGACAUGUGGCUUCCUUUGUUCCUCAAUGUUUAAUUUAGAGACUCACAGGAAGAAACAUUUGGGUGAUAAACCAUUUAAGUGUGAACUGUGUGAGAAAACAUUUGUUAGGGAGACUUCUUGGACAACCACAUGGAACAAGUUCAUAAGAAUAAAAAGAGCAAGUGUCAACAAAGAUAUCUUGAGAAAGCACAUGAGGAAAAUCCACGGUAAACUUCCUGAGGGCAAGAAGAAGGUAGAAGCUGUGGAGAGGGAGAAAAAUCGUCUGCCACUUUUGCUCCAAGGGAUUUCAAGGAGUUGUAACCUCAGCACCCAUCUCCUGAAGGCUCACAGCAAAGUCUUAGAAGAAGAUGAAUUUGAUGAUGAUCUUCCUUCUGUGCUUCAGUCACCAAAGUUGGGAGG